AUGGCUCCAUCUCGCAAGAAUAAAGUAGUGAAGGAAGAAGUCCAAGUCUCGCUUGGCCCGCAAGUGCGCGAUGGUGAGAUCGUGUUCGGUGUGGCACACAUCUAUGCCAGCUUCAACGAUACCUUCGUGCAUGUGACGGAUCUCUCCGGAAAGGAAACCAUCUCCCGGGUAACCGGCGGCAUGAAGGUGAAGGCCGAUCGUGAUGAAGCUUCACCGUACGCGGCCAUGUUAGCUGCCCAGGACGUUGCCGAAAAGUGUAAAUCGCUUGGCAUUACGGCGCUGCAUAUCAAGCUGCGUGCCACCGGUGGUAACCGUACGAAGACACCCGGACCGGGUGCCCAGUCGGCCCUCCGUGCGCUCGCACGUUCGUCGAUGAAGAUCGGACGCAUUGAGGAUGUGACGCCAAUUCCAUCCGAUUCCACCCGCCGCAAGGGUGGUCGUCGCGGUCGUCGGUUGUAA